ACUGGGUUAUUGGUGAAUGCAAUCAAAACAAAGUAAAAAGCAGGAAAAUUUCAUUUUAUUUUCUUUUCUUGACUUUUCCGCUUUUCCCCAAUUGCAGUUUUGAAUUUUCCAAAUAAAAAGGAUCCAACGAUGAGUUCAGGAUUUGUAAGUGAGACAGAAUUAGCAGAGGCCCGGAAGCAGCGUCAGGAGGAAUGGGAAAAAGUCCGACGACCUGAAGACCCUGAAGAAAGACCAGAUGAGCCCUACGAUGGACGAUCACUCUAUGAGAGGCUCAAGGAACAGAAAGAUAAGAAAGAUAUGGAAUUUGAGGAAUCACGGAAGCUCAAAAAUUUAAUUCGGGGCCUGGAUGAUGAUGAAAUUGAUUUCCUGGAUAUGGUGGAUCAGUCAAAGAUGAAUGCCGAGAAGCAGAAACAUUUGCAGGAUAUGAAGGAGAUUCAGGAGUUCCGGGAGCGCCAGACAACCAUCGAUGAGAGUCAGAUUGAUAAGAAGCGUCAAAUGGAAAUGGAAAAGCCCAAAAUCACCAGGAAUUCCUCAAGUAGUCACACAUCCCAGAAAUCAAUCCUCAAGGGUGUCAUUGUGCAGAAGAGGAAGACAACAGAGCCUACGGGGGAUGAACCACAAGCCAAGAAGGUCGAUUGCCCAAAGGAAGGAACGCAGGAAGAUGACAAAUCUGAGAAAACUAAUGGGAAUUUGGUGUGUCUUGGUGUUCUUCCGGGUAUUGGAAGGUACGAUUCGAGCGAUGAAUCCGAUAGUUCCUAUACGGAUGUUGAGGAAGAUUUAUCUGGCCCAUGUUGUAUGGAUCUUGUGGGAAGGAAGAUUUUGAAGAAGAGUGCCGAGGAGGAGUGCAAAUAGGGGAUGAAAUCGCGAUUUAUUCAAUAAAAUUACUUAUUCUGAUGAGAA